UGUUAUCAUAAAAAUAAAAAUUCCAAAUUAUCAAUUUUCCUAACGUUAUUCUAACAUGAAUUGAGGUUUUUUGAUGCGCAAUAAUGGGUUUCUCAAAACGAAUGAAUUUUGUUAACAGUUUGUGAUUCGAUAGUUCAAAGCAAACCAAAUCUGCGCGAUUAUUACUCAUUUUUCUUGUUCGAAGCUCUGUUUUUUAGCUCUAGAAUUUAAUUUCGACAUGUCGAAAAGGAAUCGUAUUUUAAAAACCAUCGCAUUCUCGUGGAAUAUUGAUAGUCCAGAAGUUGUAUCGACGCCCAGCACAUUUUCAUCACCUGUAUUUUCAUCUGUUGAUGACGAUUUGAAAUGGCAUUUAGAAUUCACGAAGCCGGGUCUGGAUGUUGGUCUCUUGCAGGAUUUCACUUCGGUUACUUUGCAUAUUGAUCAUGAAAAUGGUUUUUUCACCAAGUAUAAGGGUAUAUCAGGGAAAGUGAAAUUGUUUCUCAUGACGGUACGUAAUAAUUGUUGCAUUAUAACGAAGGAAAAAAAAUUUGAAAUCCAAAAUACCGCGGGUAAUACAUCGCCUAGAAUAGAAUUUCCGGGUUUCACUCAUGACUACGUUUACUGGAAGGAGCUUCUGGAUCCACUGACAAUUAUCUGCAAUGUCACCUACGUAACGACGGGGAAAAUAUGUAAAAAUCCCGCAUUCAGCGUCUGCGAAGACUUUGAAAAUUUACUCGCUGAUAAACAAUUCAGCGACGUAAUCAUUAAGGUACAAGAUAAAGAAUAUCCUGUUUAUAAAGGUAUUUUAGCUGCUCGUAGUGCCUAUUUUAGAGCAAUGUUUCGAGAAAAUAACGACAUGAUAGAGAACACAACAAAUGUCGUCGACUUAUCCAAGUCGAAAAUUCGUCCUGAAGUUUUCGAAGAGCUCUUACGUUUCAUUUAUAGCGGAAAGGUGAAUAAUUUGGACACAUUGGCUUACGAAUUGCUACCCGCAGCAGAUAUGUAUCAAUUGAAAGAACUGAUGGAAAUGUGCGAAGAAACGUUAUUUCAGCAGUUUUCCAAAGAUAAUGUGAUCAAGAUUUUAAUACUGGCUCAUGAGUAUAAUGCGGAUUGGCUCAAAACAGAAGCGCUUGAAUUUGUAAAAUUGCAUUCGCGUUACGCUGAUCUCAAGAACACUAAAAUUUGGGAAGUUUUAACUUCUCAUCGUGAUUUGAUGGAGGAUUUGGUUGCUGUUCUUCUUGACAAAUGAAGACUGAUACAUAUCAUGUUUUUUUAAUUUUUAUAUUACCGUAACUGGUGCUUUCAUAUGUACAUAUUACAUACUCAAGUAUUGAUACUUUUGCGUUGAAAAAAGAGAGUAAAAAACGCAUUCUUUGUAAUGACCAAUUCAAUUUUCUCCAAGCUUGCUUUGAGAAAUUUGAAUCAGCCAGGGGGCAUAUGCAACGGCCAAAAUUGUGAUUCCAAAUUUAUCCGAUAAAUUUUCCAAUUCUUCGAGGCGUUCGUGAACGUUUUCAAUAAUAUUUGGCCGCGCUCGGUUUUUUGAUUUUUGUUUAUGUACUCGCUAAAAUUGCUCGCGUUUCUCAUUCCUUUCCAAUUCAUUGUACGUAAAUGUUCUUUAAUUUUUUCUUAUAAUUAUUUAUGUACGCGAAUUCGCGCAAUUUAUAAAAUGUCUAUUUGUUCAUGUACUUUUCAUGUUUUCUUUAUAAAUGAUUUUGUUUAAUGACAAUUUCUACUUUUCGUAUCGUCAAUUGUCAUGUUGGUUACAUAAGGUACCUAUUAUUUAGAAUUUUAAAAAUGAUUGAUGUUGA